AUGUCUUUCUUCUCUCGCAUCCUCGUCCUAGUCGGUCUCUUAUCGCUCUUCCAUGCAGCAUACUCAGCACAUGAAUUCUCGACAUUGUCAACCAGGUUUCACAAGCCUGCUCCUCUGCCACUCGAUAUAAAGCUGGAGACUCUAAUCUCUGUGUUUCUGGCAUGUUUCGGCCUCAUCCUAGGCUCGGAACCUCUGAAGCCAGUCAGCUGGAGUGCGUGGGCCGGAAAGAUUGAAAGAGAAGGCCAACCAAACCCUUUCCGAGGUCUGGAGGAACGAGUAGGGUUCAUGGAUAUCAGAGCUCAGCGAAGUGAAUUUUCAAAGUGGGCUCGGUCGCAAGGCACGGUCACCAAAAGCUGA